CUCGGCAGAUAAGGGAACGGUGACAGGCUGACGAUGACACACGGUGCCUGUGCUUUCAGAAGUGUACGUGUCGCUCCGGCUAUUUUUUUUCCCCGUUCCCCAUCGCGCGUGUAAUUCUUGCCUCUGUUUUCCAUCUCGUGUGGAAAUAAAGUAAGUCAUGGAUACUCUGUAUCCGAAUCUCUACGAGCGCUUCAAGACCGAGGGUCUCUGUCCCAUUUGCUUCAUGGAGAUGGAACUGACGCCCAGAUACUCGUGUAUUAACGGGCACACCGUAUGCCACCGUUGCAAGCCUUAUUAUUACAACUGCUUCACGUGCGCAGCACCGUUGGAUGUGGAGAUCCUGCCGUCACAGAAGGACACAUCCCAGCCAUUGCGUCGUUAUGACGAUUAUAAUCCCAGCGCGCCGUCGAUGAACGAUUUUCUGGACUACGAAAGGAGAGUUUGGGAACCGUCCAUGCCAUCUGAAAAUCAGCGUCUCGAAUCCUGCUCGUAUUCUUAUCUAGGAUGCUGGGUGAAAAUACCAGAGCAUCUGCGAAUGCUUCAUGAGUCGAGGUGCCAGUUUCGACCGUACUUGGAGGAGAAACACAUGCCAACUGACCUUCAUCAUAGUCAUGACGAUUUGAUAGAUUGUUCGUACUCUGCAGCAGGAUGCAGGGUACGAACAGUACCAUGGAGACGCAGCAUUCAUGAGCAGUAUUGCGUCUACAAGACCAAGGACAUGUUUCAAACCGUGAACGAUAUGAGCGAUGACUUCGCGUCUGCUACAAUCGCCGAUAAUGAUUACGGCGGCGAUCCUGAAGAAUUGGUGCAAUGCAAGUUUAAGCAGUAUGGUUGCAUGGUGAAUAUUCCGAGGAGACGAAAAUAUAUACACGAGCAGAAAUGCAACUACAAGAGCCAUGAAGGAAAUGCAUUCCAGAAUACGAACGAUAUAAGCGACGGCUUCACAUCCUCGACGAUCGCCGAUAACGAUUAUGGCGGCGAUCCCGAAGAAUUGGUGCAGUGCAAGUUUAAGCAGCAUGGUUGCAUGGUGAAUAUUCCGAGGAGGCGAAAGUACAUACACGAACAGAAAUGCAACUACAAGAGCCAUCAAGGAAACUUAGACAGAUUCGAUUAUUCCGCGCAACCAGAAUUAGACCCUGACGAGCAAGUAGAAUGCAGGUGGUCCGAAUAUGGCUGCCGAGUCAGACCGAAACGUUAUCGUAAGCAAAUUCAUGAGGAUAAAUGUAAUUACAGGAAGGAAUUACCAUGGAUGCAGCGCUAUAUUUAAGCCAAUCUUAAGAUACUCUCGUGAGUACUACAAUUUUUUGCUUGUCAUUAAUGAUACCGAACUAAACUAAUGAUAUUCAGCAAUUUAGUGUAAUUUUCGCCACACGCUAAUGUUUAUCAGAGCGAGAUUACAAAAUAUCUUUUUCUGAAUUGCGAUUUGUCUUUUGGGAGAUAUUAAUCAACAUGCUCAAUCAUUCUCAAUCUCUGAAUCGCAUAACACAAAGACGUGGAAAUUAAUUGUUUCCUCUCGUAAUUGUUGAAUUAAAUGGAAUGCUAGUUGGAAACGGGUACAUUCCUCCCUUGUGUAGCGCUGAACGAAUAACUGAAGUGUCGAUACCAAUACGAACGGAGUCGACAAUUCUAUUAAUAGGUAACAAGCUGCGAGUCGAGCUCGUCAAGAUAACAACAAUUAGCAAACAACAAAGCGAAUCUGAUUAUCGACGGUGCCGAGAUGCGGGGCGAUUUUGUAGAACGUAUUAACGGCAAUUUUCAGGAACCCGCAGGGAUAAUACAGAAGAGGAUUAUUUACUCUCUCCGCCACUCUCCGUUCUCGCGCGAGAUAGCGAGACUUCCGCCUGUCGUUCCGGGGAUCAUCUUGAGCAUGAUCGUCCGGAAUGAGGGAGUGAUGGCGUGACUGGGAUAUCCAACACCUGCAGGCUAAUGGUGGGUCUCCCUGUACGCCCACGACCGCAUCACCAUCGCUCGACGAAACGACACUUACACGUUUAUAACAUCCCAUUUAUAACGUCGGCAUGAGCAAAGGAUGGCGCGCAAUUCUGUCUCGAUGCGCGAUUAUAGAUGGUAUCCUGAUGUCUCGAAGUCAAUAAAAUAUAUCAAUAUCAAAGACAAAUUGCGCAAUUUUAUCCAUUUUAUCUGUAGUCGUUUUAUUCGUAUAAUAGUUAACCUUUCGGUGCUACAUAUAUCAUUUUAUCACAUA